GGACGCAAUUGCUCGAUUACUUGAAGCAGUCAUAAGCAGUCAGUAUGUGGAAGCAUUACAAAACACACAUCACUUAAAUCUGCCUGCCAUGCCGAGUCACUAGUGUCAUCUCUCUUCGUUCAUGCACACGUAGCGACCGACCUACACUCACUCACCUCACCCAGCCCACCAGAUGGCUGUGAAUCCCUCCCUCCAUCCCUGCCUGCCUGCCUGCCGACGCCCCGAAGAGCAAGCUGGGUAUGAUAGAGAUGGACAUACACAUACAUGGCAAACGACGCCAAGCAUGAACGCAGCUAGCCAGCCAUCCGUGGAUGACACAUCGAAUUUCGUCUUUCAGCUCUCGCCAAUCUGGUCAUUCAUUCAUUCAGUCAUCCAUUCAUUCAGUCAUUCCCAUAGUUUGUGCUCGAAGUCCCACUGAUCCAGCGCUGCAAAAUACAAAAUACGGAACGAGGGAGAGGGUGUCUUCUCUCCUCUCCUCUCUCUGCUGCUCGCGUCCGUGUGUGUGUGUGUGUGUGUCUGACCUCCUCCCCCUUUCCUCUCUGUGUCCAUGAACUGCAGCUCGUGGCCAUCGCUGCCAAUCACAACCACACCUGGCACACCCGCACGACGCGUCAUACCCUCUGCAUACACGCAACACACACACACACACACACACACAUAUCCCAUGUCCACAAUGCAACAGCCGGUUGGCUCGUUCGUACCGAAUUUGUGCGAUUCUCGUCUUGCCCAUACGCCGUGUUGCCUCUUGAGUUUGUCGGUGAGGGGGUCGUCGUAAUCUAUCCGCAGCCAGGGGCCGUGUGACGCCUCCAUGUGUGCCGCCUGGGACGCAUUGUCGCCGUCCGAGGACACAAAGAUGACCUCUAUCUUCUGCCCAUCAGUGUUCACCUGUGCAGCACCCAUCCAUUCAGCAGAUGAAGGCCCACACACACACACACACACACACACACAUACACACACCACACGCAUGUGCGUGUCUGUCAUGCUGUGUUUUGGUGCUCACGCGCUGAUAGAAGCUCCUCAGCACGGGCGUGAAUGAUUGGCACAUCGGACACCACCCAGCAGCGAAGUACAGCGCCACUGACUUCCCCUGGAGAGAUGCGAUGCUAGCGGCCUCGCCCGUUGCCGACUUGAUGGCGCCAGCACGACUCAGGUCGGUCACCACAUCACUCACUGACACACACAGGACCGAGGAGCAAAGCUGUCAGCCCAUCUUCACCGACGCGUACCGAUUGUUGGUGGCUGAGCAUUGCUCAUGGCGAUGGUGCUGCUUCUGAAGAAUGCGCCUUUGUGGGUGUGUGCUGCGGGCAGCCAGAGUCUGAAGGCCUGCACGCUGAUGAAGCCGAAGGCCAGGCAGAAGGUGAGGGUGCUCAGGAAGCUAGUCAAACACGCCAGCGCAGUGGGCGGAGCCGUCAUCUCAUCCCACCCGCAUCGCGAUG